AUGGCCACCACUACCACAUUGCUAGUACUCGGGCCAGAGUAUAUAGAAGAAUGCGCUCAGGUCAUGGCGAAUGCCUUCAGUGAUGCCGCCAUCUACCGAUACAUUUUUCGGGGCACACAGGAGUCUCGCAGGGCUGCCUUGGAAUGGUUGUUUGUCAGAAACAUUCGCAUUGUUUUAGAUAAAUGUCCACAAGCCUUGCGAGGUGUGUUGAAUAAUGAGAAAAACAGCAAUCAAGUCGUCUGCUGUUUCAUGUGGGUCCCACAGGAACAUCAAGAUGCCAGUCUCGGGGAAAUGCUGUGGCAUGGGCUCUUGCAAAUGCCGAUUCGAUUUGGCAUGGACUCUGUCAAGCGGAUGCUUCAUGUGAUGGAUAAUUUGAAAUCUCCAAGUAAAGAAUAUACUUCUCAGAUGAUGAAUGACGAGAGUGGUCAAAACAACAAUAAUAUAGUCAAGGAAGGCUCCAUUCAGUUGCAACGCAUGGUGGUUCGUCCCGAUUGCCAAGGACAAGGGUUGGGCACAAAGGCUCUCAUGGCUGCCAUUGUCGAAGAAAGUGCCAAGGGAAAAUUGAACUUACAUUUGGAGACUCAGUCACCACGGAAUGUAACUUUUUACGAGCGUCUUGGCUACAAGGUCAUUUGGGACAAGGAGUGCUACGAGGAGGAAAUGGAAUACAAGUUUCAUUCUUGGUGCAUGAUUCGUUCGGAUGCUUUGUAG